CCAAGCGGCGGCGGCGGCCCGGUUAGGACCCGCCUCGCCUCCUGCGAGCCUUGCGCGCCAGCCAGCGGGGCUCGCUCCGCCUCCGGGGGGCGGCCCUCUGCGCCUGCCUGGCUUCCUGCAGGAGGGCGGACGCGCGGCUCAGCCCCGGGAAGCAGCAGCAGCAGCAGCGGCGGCCGCGAAGGGGCCGGGCGGCCGGUGCCGCUGCCCGAUCUCCGGCACACGAAGGGACCCCCGCCCCGGGCAGGCGGGGCGCAGGACGCGCGGCCCCACGCUGGCCGCCUCGCCGCUCAGGAUGGCCCGGAAGGUGCCCCGGGCGGAGGUGUGCGCCGACUGCAGCGCCCCAGACCCCGGCUGGGCAUCCAUCAACCGUGGAGUGCUGGUCUGUGACGAAUGCUGCAGCGUCCACCGCAGCCUGGGGCGCCACAUAUCCAUUGUCAAGCACCUCCGGCACAGCCCCUGGUCUGCUACGCUUUUGCAGAUGGUGCACACGCUUGCCAGCAAUGGUGCCAAUUCCAUAUGGGAACACUCACUCCUUGAUCCGGCGCAAGUCCAGAGUGGGAGGCGCAAGGCGAACCCCCAAGACAAAGUUCACCCAACCAAGUCCGAGUUCAUCCGUGCCAAAUACCAGAUGCUGGCCUUUGUCCACAAACUCCCGUGCCGGGAUGACGACGGAGUGACUGCCAAGGAUCUCAGCAAGCAGUUGCAUUCGAGUGUCCGGACAGGAAACCUGGAGACCUGUUUGCGCCUGCUUUCGCUGGGGGCUCAAGCCAACUUCUUCCACCCGGAGAAAGGGACCACUCCUCUGCACGUGGCAGCCAAAGCUGGGCAAAUCCUUCAGGCUGAGUUGCUGGUGGUCUAUGGAGCCGACCCCGGGGCCCCUGAUGUGAACGGCCGCACCCCCAUCGACUACGCCAGGCAAGCGUCCCAGCAUGAGCUGGCAGAGAGGCUGGUGGAAUGUCAGUAUGAACUGACAGACAGGCUGGCCUUCUAUCUCUGCGGGCGCAAGCCAGAUCACAAGAAUGGGCAUUACAUCAUUCCGCAGAUGGCAGACAGAGUGCGUCCAAAGUGCAUGUCCCAAAGUCUGGACCUCUCCGAAUUGGCAAAGGCAGCCAAGAAGAAGCUGCAAGCGCUUAGCAACCGUCUCUUUGAAGAACUGGCCAUGGACGUCUACGACGAGGUGGACCGUCGGGAAAACGAUGCAGUCUGGCUCACCACGCAAAACCACAGCACCCUGGUGACGGAGCGCAGUGCCGUGCCUUUCCUGCCGGUGAACCCCGAAUACUCUGCCACACGCAAUCAGGGCCGGCAGAAACUUGCCCGUUUCAAUGCCCGGGAAUUUGCCACUCUGAUCAUCGAUAUCCUGAGUGAGGCAAAACGCCGGCAGCAGGGCAAAGCCUUGGUGAGCCCCACAGAGACUCUAGACUCCGCUCUGCACGGCCCCAGUGACGUCGACGACCAACACGAUUACGACAGCGUUGCCUCAGACGAAGACCCCGACCAGGAGCCCCUGCGAGGUGGCAACGCCGCUCGCAACAACCGGGCCCGGAGCAUGGACUCUUCCGACCUCUCCGAUGGGCCCAUCACACUGCAGGAGUACCUGGAGGUGAAGAAGGCCUUGGCUGCGUCCGAAGCCAAAGUCCAGCAGCUCAUGAAAGUGAACAACAGCCUGAGCGAUGAACUGCGGCGGUUGCAGAGAGAGAUUCACAAGCUGCAGUCGGAGAACAUGCAGAUCCGUCAGCAGGCAGGACAGGCCCACCCGGUGGCACCCCCGCAGAGUGAGCGCCCAGAGCACAGCCAUGUCGCUUCGCCUGUCACGGGAGCCCAUCGUCGUGACCGCCAUGCAUUCUCCAUGUACGAGCCGGGCACUGGGGCACUGAAGCCCUUUGGGCAGCAGCCAGUGGACGACUUGGUGACCCGCCUGCAGCCGUUCCACCCUGGGGAAGUGGACGACGAGGCCAUGUAUUCCGUGCACAAUCCGGCCGGGAUUUACCGGGUCCGGAAGGGGGGCUCUGUCUCGUCAAUGCCUUUUCCUCCCUCCUCUCCGCUUCUGUCGUGCCAACCGGACAGCGGACGUCACAUGCCUGGGAAACUGGACCGCCACGGCAGCGGUACGGACAGUGACUACGACAACACACAGGGAGGGGAUCUACCACUCAGCAUGGACGGGAAGCGCUUCUUAGACCUGGGCAAGGAUGACGAACUGCACCCGGAACCGGAGCCCCUGGAAGGGGACUUGGAUCCGGGGCUGCCCAGCACGGAGGACGUCAUCCUCAAGACAGAGCAGGUCACCAAGAACAUCCAGGAGCUGCUCCGAGCUGCUCAGGAGUUCAAGCAUGACAGCAGCUUCGUCCCCUGUUCGGAGAAAAUCCACACGGCCGUCACGGAGAUGGCGUCGCUUUUCCCCAAGAAGCCUGCCCUGGAGACGGUGCGCAGCUCCUUGCGCCUCCUCAACGCCAGCGCGUACCGGCUGCAGAGCGAGUGCCGCAAGACCGUGCCCCCCGAGCCCGGGGCCCCUGUGGACUACCAGCUCUUGACGCAGCAGGUCAUCCAAUGUGCCUACGACAUUGCCAAGGCAGCCAAGCAGUUGGUCACCAUCACCACCCGCGAGAAGAAGCAGUGAAGGGGGGGGGGGCACAACUUCUCUUCCCGGACCCUGCGGCCGCCUGCGUCGUUUGCCAACCCAGCCUGGGUAAAAGGUUGGCACCCUUGCACCCCGGGACUGUAAAUAACUGGGGACUGGAUUGGGCCCCCAGGGAGGACAGAGGAAAGGGGGGGUCAGUAGCCCUGUGCAGAGAGGAAGCUGCCCUGUAAAUACUCCACCCACCCCCACCCUUAGUGGAGCCCCCUGGGGGAACUGAAACCUACCCCCCCGCCUGCUCCUUUCCCCCCCGUCGCCCUGAUGUAUAGUGCGUAGAACCAUACGUAUGUGUCUUCCUCCUCUCCCCCAUCCUGUGCAUAGGCACACAUAUUUUAUACCUAUAAAAUAUGUGAGUGUGUAUAUAGAACUCUCGCUAUAGAAACACCAAACUGUAUUUAUCUCAUGGACCCCCCCCCCCCCCAAAAAAAAAAUAGUGUUAACACUGGAAUAGCAACGCCUGGGUGCUGCAGCUCUCAGCUAAGCCUCCCCUUUCCUUCUCCCCCCACCCCACCCCAUUCCUUUUCUUCCCUUCUUUGCUCUGGGACUGGCUGCCCUCGGAAGCCCGGGGCAAGGGAGGGGCCUGCUUUCAGCAUGGGCACGCACCCCGGCUGGCACUACUGGCACCCUCCUAAAACUCCUUGGGGGAUGGGAGACACCCACUGCUAAAUGAGGGGGGCAGGGUGGGGGGCAUUCUCUGCCUGGCCUAGGGGAGGGGUGGCCGCUGCAGUGGCGGCAGCAGCUGGGCGGCUGUGCUGGAAUCUUGUUUGUCCUGUACAUUUGUACCAAAUAAAAGAUGUGAACAUGGA